AAGUGCUUCGCUGUCACUUCCGGUGUGAAAUCUAAACAUGUCGCCGUCCCUCUUUAAUUUCAUCGACGUUAAAGACAAAUUUACGGCUGCUGCCAGACAUGCCCUUGCUGCCAAAAACUACAAGCCUCUCUUAACUGUGUUUAACCAGAUCCCUGGCAAUGAAACGGAGAAGAAAACUACACUUGACCAUGCCCUGAGGGGCGUUCUUGGAGAUCAAAUCGUUGAGCAGAAGAUCAGCUGCGAUGAGUAUUUGAGUCUGAUCUACCUGAGUAUUGACGCCGUCACAGAGGGUAUCUGCCCGGCCACAACCCCUUUUGUCCUCCUGGGUGACGUACUGGACUGUCUUCCACUUGACCUGUGUGACAAAAUAUUCUCUUUUGUUGAAGAGAAUGUGUCCACCUGGAAGUCGAACUCUUUUUACUCUGCAGGGAAGAACUAUUUGUUAAGGAUGUGUAAUGAUCUUUUAAGGAGGCUGUCAAAAUCUCAGAAUACUGUAUUUUGUGGGCGAAUCCAGCUUUUCCUUGCACGUCUCUUCCCUCUCUCUGAAAAAUCAGGUCUCAAUCUACAGAGCCAGUUUAAUCUGGACAAUAUAACAGUGUUCAACAAAAAUGAACAAGAAAGCACUCUUGGCCAGAAGCAAACAGAAGAAAAGGAAGAUGGCAUGGAGGUUGAAGAAGGUGAAAUGGGAGAGGAUGAGACACCUGCCCCCUGUUCCAUUCCAAUUGACUACAACUUGUACAGAAAGUUCUGGACACUGCAGGACUACUUCAGAAAUCCAAUGCAGUGCUAUGAUAAGUUCUCAUGGAUGACAUUCCUUAAGUACUCGGAUGAGACCCUGGCAGUAUUCAAGAGCUACAAACUGGAUGACAUGCAGGCGUCCAAGAGGAAGCUGGAAGAGCUGAGAGCAUCUGAUGGAGAACAUGUUUACUUUGCUAAGUUCCUUACAAGUGAAAAGCUGAUGGAUUUGCAGCUAAGUGACAGCAACUUCAGGCGGCACAUACUACUGCAGUACCUCAUCCUGUUCCAGUACCUGAAGGCUCAGGUCAAAUUCAAAAGCUCCAGCUGUCUUCUGAAUGAUGACCAGACAACAUGGAUUGAGGAAACGACUGUACUGGUUUAUCAACUGCUGAGAGAAAUCCCUCCUGAUGGAGACAAGUUUGGCACAAUGGUUGAGCAUAUCCUCAACACAGAAGAGAACUGGAAUACCUGGAAAAACGAGGGAUGUCCGAGCUUUGUCAAAGAAAGAACGGUAGAUGACAAACCCAAAAGACCGACCAGGAAAAGACAGGCUCCAGAGGACUUCCUUGGAAAAGGGCCAGACCGCAAGAUUUUCAUGGGAAAUGAUGAAUUGACUCGAUUGUGGAACCUGAACCAGAACAACAUGGAUGCCUGCAGAUCAGACAGCAGAGAGUUUAUGCCGUCGCUGGAUGAGUUCUUUGCAGAAGCUAUUGAACAGGCUGACCCUGCCAAUAUGGUGGAGGACGAGUACAAGGUUGUGCGUAACGCAAAUUAUGGCUGGCGGGCUCUGAGGCUGCUGUCCAGGAGAAGUCCACACUUCUUUCAGCCAACUAACCAGAAGUUCAAGAGCUUGGCAGACUACUUGGACAGCAUGGUUAGCAAGUUGGCCAAAGAACUGCCGAAGGAUAUUCCUUCUGAAGAAAUCAAGACCGGAGAAGAGGAUGACGAUGAUAAUGGAGACAAUCUUCUUAAAGACAGCAAUGACAGUCCGAGUAUUCAGAGCAAACUCGUGUCAAACCAGCAGAUGGAUGAGGUUGCAGCCAAACUGGGUGCUCAGUGGAAGAUGCUGGCCUCUCAUCUGGACAUGAAGGCAGCAGAGUUGCGAGAAAUCGAAACAGACAGCGAAGAAGUUGACAUGCAGGCUAAACUGAUGCUUGUGGCCUGGCAGGACAGAGAGGGAGCACAAGCUACGGUGGAGACCCUGGUCACAGCUCUCAACGCAGCAGGCUUCGCCCAGAUUGCAGACGGCCUCAGUGAGGCUUAAACAGAAAAUGUCUUGGUUAAUCCGUUCUUUCAGUUACUUUGUUGCAGCACGCAUUUUCAUACCAAAAUAUUGGCAACUGACAUUUUUGUAUGCAGUCUAGGUGCAGUUUUUUUCCACAGUAGAGAAUUCAAUAAAUGUUUUUCCUUAUA